UUUUUUUUUUAAUGCUUUUGCCAGAACAACAAGAGAAACUAAGCGAGCUUCGUGCUUCAUUAAGUCAAUCCAUUAAAAGAGAGUUCCCUGAAAAUCAAUUAAUUCAAUUUUUGGAAGCCAAUGUUUGGAAUGUUAAUGAUGCCAAACAACAAUUAAUAGAUACCGUAGAAUGGCGUGAAAAGGUCGAUGCGGACCAUUUGCCUGUCGCUACCAAAUACAAUGGUUUACCUUCACUCGUGGCCUGUAGAGGCUAUAAAUAUGUGCAAGAUGUAAACUUUGUGGUUCAUCCCAUCAUGUCUGAAACUGUCAUUCGUAUAGCAAACUGUGUAGGUGGCGACUGUUUCCAUAAAUUCGACAAGGAAGGUCAUCCCAUCCUGAUUGACCGAACCGGUUACCAUAACGCUAAAGAUAUGGGAAAUAAUGUUUCCACCCUCGAAAUCACCAAUUUUCAAAUAGCCACCAAUGAAUUUUUAAACAGAGUCAUCAUGCCAGAAGGCUGUGAAUUGGCUGGGAAAUCCAUACAUAGCGAAACUGCCAUUUUUGACUGCACCAACAUGAGCCUCUGGCAGUUCCACAUGAACGCAUUAUACCAUUUGAAGGCCAUUGCUGAGAUCGUUCAACAUUAUUACCCCGAAACCCUUCAUCGUCUCUUUAUCGUUAACGCACCCUCUGCUUUUGUCGUCAUGUUCAAAGUCAUCAAGCCAUGGCUCAACCCACGCACGCUGGACAAGAUCCAUGUGCUUGGUAAAGGAUAUGAAUCUGUGCUACUAAAAUACAUUGAUGCAGAGAGUUUACCGGCUUUUUUGGGCGGAACAUGUACGUGUUCCCAUAUGCCGGGUGGCUGUGUACCUUUGAUUGCACAAAAAUCAAAGGAUCGCUUUGUGGCCACGGAACAAAAUGAAAGGGUUCCCACUGUAUAUAAUUCAACCACCAUGAAGGCCGCAUUGAACGAUACCUUAUUAUGCGGUGCCUUACCCAACACACCAUAGAACAAAAAAAAAACAAAAUUGACGUGCAUAACUAUGACGUUAUGCUGUCCUACGUCGCACAUUCAUAUAUAUAGUGCGGUGAAUUAUCUUUUUUUUUAUUUAUUAAACAGUUUUACUUCCAAUGGGAUAGCAAAUAGGUGAAUACCC